AUGAGGAAGCAGCCGUAUGUUACAGUGCCCACACAGAGAGGAAGAAAUGUUAGCCUAACAUGCGCUAUUUCAGUUACAGGGUAUAUUGGAUUUAAACUAAAGAUUGGAACCUUUAAUGCCACUAGCAUGCACGACUGGAUAGAACAAGAUUUAAGACCAGUUUUAAGUGAUCGCAGAUAUGUUUCAUUAAUGGAUAAUGCGCAAUUCCACCAUUCAUCAAUAGUAGAAUUGGCAUUUCGAGAAAGUAAUUGUACUAUCCAGUAUUUACCACCUUACAGUCCUCAACUUAAUCCAAUCGAGGAGUUUUUUGGCGUGGUUAAAAAUUUAUUUUAA